AUCUCGUCUCGAUCAGGCCCAACACCGCCACUCCGUCUCCCCUGCUCCCCUCUGCCGGCCUGCCGCCGACGUACGCCGGGGCGCCGCGGCUUCCUUGCGCCGCCGAGGUUUGGAUCGCGCCAUCGACUCACUGCGGCUAGCCGGGGCAGUCGCCCUCGCCGUCUGGCCCGCGGAGGCGUGGCCGCCUUCCACGCGCGGUCGGAGAGGCACCACUACUCGAGCGGCGAGGCAGGCAAGGCUUCACGCGUCAAGGCUGCCGCCGUCGCGGUUCACCGGCCAACAGCACGUCGUCCUCGGGCGCGGCUCGCCUCCUCUCUUCCUGCGCCCCAGCCAGCCAGGAGGGCCAGAGUCCGGCGAGCCCGUCGGUGCCCGUGCUGAAGAAAAGGUUCGCCCGUGGGGUGUUUGUCGAAAUGUCGCUCCGACAGCUGCUUCUCCAAGCGCGGCGCUUCGCGUCUCGGCCGCCGCCGCCGCUCUCGAAUAUGCUCGUUCUCUGCCGAGGCAUUUCUGACCGCGGACACAAAGCCUUGCCUUCGGCGCCGCCUCGCCACUCCACCGGGCAAAUCCAGAUGCCGCAAACUUUCCAUUGCUCAAAUGCCAACCCCCUUGGCAAUCGCUUCCAAAUUGACGUGGUCGACUCCGACCUCUGGCCCGCAUCCUUCGACCUGUCCAUGGACCAUGCACCGAAAACUGGGUGCCCUGAUGAUUUUCAAGAACAUGAGGAUGGAGAAAUGCAUGACUCUGAAGAUGAGAUAGAUGACAUGAGGCACCGUAAGAAGCUGUUUUACAAGUUGGACAGGGGUUCCAAGGAGUUUGAGGAGAACAAUGUGUCCUUGCGCCACAGGCGGAAGAGAGAAAAAGGCAAUGUAAAGAAUCCAAAGGAAUCCAAGAAGGUGGAUCCUGAUGAAUCCGCUUCUGUGAAGCUCCCAAAGCUGAAAACGAAGUAUACAGUGCGUGAGGAGGAUGUGGUUGAGGCAAAGAGGGAUCGGGUGCCAACAUUUAACCAGAUGACGGAUCCUUACCACCACCCUUUCUGUCUGGACAUACAUGUCACCAAGGGGUCCGUUCGUGCUUGCUUUGUGCACCGAGUGAGCAGCAGGGUUGUCACAGUCGCGCACUCCAUAUCAAAGGACAUGAAGUUUGAUGUCGGUUCAAGGAAAGGUAUGAAGGCGUGUGCAGCGGUUGGGGCAUUGCUUGCAAAACGUGCAAUAGAGGAUGAUAUUCACAAUGCGAUUUAUACACCAAGGAAAGGAGAUAGGAUUGAAGGGAAGAUUGAGGUUGUGCUGCGUGCAAUUAUUGAUAAUGGGGUUGAAGUUAAGGUGAAACUCAAGCAAAGGAAGCCAACAAAGAAUGCACUGGCUAUGCAGCAUUCUCAAUCUCACUGAUGGCUAAACUAUUCAUCCGCAUGACUCCUACUAGAAAUGCUCAGAAGUCAUGAGAGUUUCUGUUACUACAUGGACUGGAAGUCUGGAAGAGCUGGUGCUGCUGGGGCACCACCCUCUGUGUGCAAACUUUGGGUCAACACUUUUUUGUCAUAAGAAGGUAGAACCAGCUCUACCUUAUAGCCAUUUCAUUUGAUAUAAAUGGACGGUUACAAAAUUACAUGAGUAGAAGAAGAGAGGGAGAGAAAAAAAAAAGGAAAAGGAAAAAGGAGAGGGAGAAAUAGAAUGUGCAAACGUUUAAAACUCAAUACUCAAUAGCCAGUUAGUUCUCAGCCAUCAGUAACUUCAAAUAGAAGGGGCCUAAGUCUUCAGGUGGGUGCUCUGAAUGGCAAAACACUGUCCUCAGUUGAUCUUUUGGUUAGGAUUUGUGGAACCGGAGAGAGUAAUAGAUGGAACAUCAGCUCAAACUGGGAUGGGCAUCCAGUCACACUUCGAGUUCAUCAGAGAUUUGUGGAUCAAGCUCUUCUACCAGGAACAUUAUCCUGCAGCCUGAAGUCAUAUCUCAUACAAAAGUAGAGAAUUUAAGUACGGUGGUUCAGCCAGGUUAACGAACGAAGCCGGAUAUCACAAGAGCCGCAUACAGGCAAGGCUUUGUUGCAGCAUACAAGGACAUGUUGGUGCUCAAGAAUCUGCUGAAGCAAAUAACAACCUUGCAAAGAGGUGCAAACGGUGCUACUGCUACUGAAGCCUGACUAUGACUCUUUCGUGGAAGAAACAAUUCUGGAACAAGAACUUUCGUGUGCAUAUUUUUGAUAUUAUUAUUUUCCUUCAAUUGAAAUAUCUAUUUUGCC